ACCAUUUAACUCUAGGCUUUGUUGAGCUGCAUCAUGAGCACAAAGUCCGGAUAUGAGGAGCCACUUUCGCAGUAUAGACCUCUGAGGAUAUAAUUCAUUUGUUUAGCUGACAUGCCAGUUUGUUUAUUGGAAGCACAGAGUAUACUGUGCCAUCCGUGUUUGUGGGCCCCCUAGUGGCCGCAGAGCCCCAAGCAGUCCUUUAUCGUGCAUUUGGGAAAACGGCACUGACUGCAUAAUGUUGAUUUGAUUGACAGCAAUAUUAGUAAUAAAAUAAUCAAGGGACACAUGAUUGUGAUUCUAACAAAACACGCAUACAGAAAAACUGAAUGCAAGGGUCGCUUUUGUUUACUAAAAACUCAAAAAUAAAUCCAAUGUAGUCACGUGGUAUGUUUUUCCAGCUAGCUCGGCUCAUUGCAGUCCAUUCUUCCUGUCAAUCAAAGACAAAAGCAUUUAAUCGUUUUUCUUUGAUGUUGUCAAUGCAGGGCGGUAUUGAACAUCUGUGUGGUGUGUGUUAGAUAAGGUCUCUACAAAGAGCUAAAACAAAUAAGAUAAUCUUAAAAAGAAAAAAAAACAAACUUAUCUAAUCAUGCACACUGGGGGCCCUGCCACUUAAAUCGAACUAUGGUUGAGCGAUACUGCAGAUUUUGGUAUCAAUCCAAUACAAAGUCUACUAAAUGCAGGGACACUUUUGCCAAUUCUGAUACUUUUUAUUUGAAUUUUUUUGUUUUUACUUGAAAUUUUUCAAGAUUCUUGAAUGAUUUUGUGAUUUCCCAUUUGUAGAUCAUGAUUAGAAUUAGAAUAAAACAGGACAGAGAUGUUUGGCAAUCAAAAAAACCAAAAUUAUCAAAAUUGUAUGUAGUGAUACCCACGAAACCAUACAAUUAUUCAACAUAUACUACAUAUAAUAGUUUGAGCAAUAACUCAAAAGUGAAACUACCAUUGGCUCUCAUUCAAAUCCUUCAGCUUUUUGCCCCAAAGCCCCCCUAACUGCAAGAACGUACUACCAAUAGUAUUUUGAUAUAACAAUAUUAACAAUGUAACAGCGACAAAAACAGAUUAAAUGAAUAAACAUACAGUAGAAGAGACACAAAUAAUAACCUCAUUCUAGUAUCGAUUCGAUACAGACACCACUCUUGUAUUGAUCCUAUCGAUAUUUGGAUCGAUCCGCCACAACUAUUAGCAGUGACGGCGAGCGACGCACACAGCUGAGUCUAGUUAAGUCGUGAAGGACCAGCGUCACCAUGAUUGGUGUCCUCGACCUGUUGGUGUUUGUCCUCGGCGUGUGCGCUCUUCCAAGCGUAGAGGACACAAACAGCCAGGAGCGGCUCCUCCUCGCUGCCAUGGGGCUCUCCGAGCGGCCCCGGCCCGCCGAAGGCCCCCGAGCCCGGCGCCACGUCCCCCCCGCGUUCUGGAAGAUGUUCCGGAAGUCGGACCACGUCCAGGCCCAGGAGAGCGACCCAUGCACGGUGUCAGAGUACGGCGUCCGCGGCAACAUCAUCCGAUACGUGCAAGACCAAGGACGGCUGGUGUCUGGUCCAGGGGGGGCAUGUGCGGCCUGUGUGGACCAGCAUCUGUUCUUCAACAUGUCGAUUCUAGAAUCAGUCGAGGUGUUGUCUCUGGCCCGGUUGCACUUGCACUUCCUGUGGAGAUCCAGCAGUCCGAUGGCACUGCUGCAAGCUCCUCCCACCAUCAGUGCCGUUCUGUACAAGGUGGUCAGGGCCACACUGAAGGGAGUUGACCCUCGGGCCAACCGUCGGCUGCUGCUGUCGCAGACGGUCCAGCUGCUUUCAGAACCAGUCUCCGUCACCUUGGAUGUCACUUUGCUGACAGACUGCUGGCGCCGCCUGGCCCGUAACUAUGGUCUGCUGCUGGAGCUGCGCCCUUUCGGGGCCGACCCGCAGAAGCCUCUUACCCCGUUCGAGUCGUCCUCGCCUGCGCCUCUUGUCCGGGCCUCGCUGGUGGUGGUAUCGCUCAACCCGAACCAGUGCCGAUCCCGUCAGAGAAGGAGCGCCAUCCGUCCCCUGGUGUCGCCCAGCAAUGUGUGCAAGGCGCGCCGCCUCUACAUUGAUUUCAAGGACGUGGGCUGGCAGGACUGGAUCAUUGCCCCUCAGGGCUACUUGGCCAACUACUGUCAUGGAGAGUGCCCCUUCCCGCUCAGCGAGAGUCUCAACGGAACCAACCAUGCUAUCCUGCAGACCCUGGUCCACUCACUAGACCCACACGGCACACCGCAGCCAUGCUGUGUCCCCAUUCGCUUCUCACCUGUCUCUAUGUUGUAUUAUGACAACAACGACAACGUGGUGCUGCGUCACUACCAGGACAUGGUGGUAGAUGAAUGUGGCUGUCGAUGACCACCCCGCCGCUGCUUCCCUUUUGCUGCCGACUUUGU